CCGGCACAAAGUUUAGCAGCAGGAACUCGGGCGGCAACAGUGCGGAGCCGGCGGCAGAGCUGAGCCCAGGCGCCCCGGUGCCCGGCGGGGGCCGGCACCGACCGUGCCAUGCGGGGCUCCCCCCCGGCAGCGGCGGGGCGGGGGGGUAGCGGCGCCCCAUGCGGCCGGGGCGGCCGGGCGGCGGCUGACACCAUGUGCGCCCGGUGCCCGGGGCGAGGAGCGGGGAGCAGCCAUGGCCCCCCCCGCCCAGCCAGGGGUGCCGGGCGGGCGCGGCUCUAAGGUGCCUCCGGCGCGGAAGCUCCUCUGUAUGUGCAGCCUCUCCCUCUGCCUCACCUACCUGUGCUACAGCCUCAUGGGGGGCACCGGUCCGGGCGUCCUGCGCUCCCCCGCCGCCGUCCCCGGCACGGCGGCUCCAGGGGCCCCGCGCUCCCCCGGCGCCGUCCCCGGCACGGCGGUCCCCGGGGACCCGCGUUCCCCCUCCAGCCCGCCGGGCAGCUCCGUUACCCCGGCUCCAUCCGCGGCUCCGACGCGGGCCGCCAACGGCAGCCGGGAAGGAGCGGCGGGCGCUUGGCUGCGGACGCCGCUGGCCCCCGGGGAGGUGAUCACGGCGCAGAGUGGAGCGUUCGAGAGGGACCCGCAGGAGUCGAGCACCACGGACGAGGAGCUGAGCCGGGCCGGCAGCCCGGGGAGCCGCGGCGGGGCCAGCACCACGCCGGACUACGGGGAGAAGCGGCUGCCGCAAGCCCUCAUCAUCGGGGUGAAGAAAGGGGGGACGCGAGCACUGCUGGAGGCCAUCCGGGCGCACCCCGACGUGCGCGCCGUAGGCACCGAGCCCCACUUCUUUGACAGGAACUACGAGAAGGGGCUGGAGUGGUACAGGAACGUGAUGCCCAAGACACUGGAUGGCCAGAUCACCAUGGAGAAGACCCCCAGCUACUUUGUGACCAACGAGGCCCCCAGGCGCAUCCACUCCAUGGCCAGGGACACAAAGCUGAUCGUGGUGGUGAGGAACCCGGUCACUCGCGCCAUCUCGGACUACACGCAGACGCUCUCCAAGAAGCCGGAGAUCCCCACCUUUGAAGUGCUGGCCUUCAAGAACCGGACCCUGGGGCUGAUCGAUGCUUCCUGGAGCGCGAUCCGCAUCGGGAUCUAUGCCCUGCACCUGGAGAACUGGCUCCAGUACUUCCCCCUCUCCCAGAUCCUUUUUGUCAGUGGUGAGAGGCUUAUCACUGACCCGGCUGGGGAAAUGGCCAAGGUCCAGGACUUCUUAGGCCUCAAGAGGAUUGUGACAGAGAAACAUUUUUAUUUUAAUAAAACCAAGGGGUUCCCCUGUCUAAAGAAGCCAGAGGACAGCAGUGCUCCCCGGUGCCUGGGCAAGUCCAAAGGUCGAACUCACCCCCAAAUAGACCCAGAUGUCAUCCACAGACUGCGGAAGUUUUACAAACCAUUCAAUGUCAUGUUUUACCAAAUGACGGGCCAAGAUUUCCAGUGGGAGCAGGAAGAAAGUGAUAAGUAGAACCACAAAAUCAGGAAAAAAGCUUUUUUCUUCUGAGAUGCAAGUCAUUGUUAGAGACCCAAGACUUGCUCCGGGCUGGUGGCUCAGCCUUGGAGUGCAAGACUCUUGCGCUGUCAGGGUUGCAGCCAAAGCUGUCCCGCGUUUCCAGCUCUGAAACCUCAGCGGGACAUCACCUCGGGUUCACUUGGGCUCUCCCCCCACGACACUGAGGGCUCUGGGGUGGGUGGGAGGAGGAAGAGGCAGGGCCAUGGGGCUCCCCAGGGCGGUGGGAUGCUUUGUGUUGACAUUCCGCUGCUGGUGUCCCCGCACAGCUAGGCGGGCAGGACCAGCAGCUCCUGCCAUGGUUAGGCUUAUGGGUGGCACACAAAACCCAGCAGCAUCGAGAAAAACCAGUGGAUUUGAUUUCUCCUGCCUGGCUUUUAGUUUUGCCCAACAGCAGCAUCAGAUCUGGUAAAUUCAGGACGUGCAUUUACAUGCACACUGCUAUUUGUGUGUGGAAGGAAUAAAGCCAGUUAUGCUGCAAAGGGACUAUGUACAGAAACUUCUUUUGCACCAGAUGUUUCAAUUACUUGUUGCACUAAAACUAGUAUUUACCAAGUGCCACAAAACACCUGGGCCCAAUUCUCCUCUGACGGAUGGUGUACCUGCUGUUGGAGAGGUGUUCCUGCUCUGCUGGGAUGCCCUGGGAGAUCAGAGCCCCUGCUCCUCCUGGAAGCUGUGAAGCCCCACCGAGGCAGCCGCUGGAGUGAGCUGGGGUCUCUGUGAGCUGUGGUGCGGAGCUGUGUGCCCGGGGAACACCUUUGGCCAGGCUGUGCCAGCUCUGCGGUUUGGAGCUGGGCAUUCCUGGUGGGAACCGGAGGGGACUGCAGGGCAGAGGUGGUGGGACAGCCCCAGCCCGACUGUCGGGGCCCUGGCACUGCCCUUCAUUUGCACCUUGGACAUGAGAGCUCCACUGCUUGCUGAUGACAGCUGGGUUUGCAAAAUGGGGAAGCAGCCUUCGUCUCUACUGCAGAAUUACAAAAAAGCAAUUAAUUCCCAGGGUGAGCACUGCUCUGCACAAAAAAUGUGUUAUUUCUAGUGGAAAUGACCAAGCCAAACACUCAACCAAAUUUGCAAAUCCUGAUGGAAACCGUAGAAUAAACCCAUAUCCCAACUGGAUCCUCCAGCCAUGUGACAAGAGCUGCACACUGGAACCGGGGAGAGCAGGACAGCAGCACCGUGACAUAGCUGCACUGUGACACAGCUGCACCGUGACACAGCUGCACCGUUUCCAUCUCCAUCACUGAGAGAAACACAGUGAGAGAGGGACCAAAGGGAAAAACGCAGAGCUACCAUUCCUGAAAUGUUCCCUUCACAGGAGUGAUUUAUAAGGGCACUCGGAUAUUGCUGGCUGCUUGCCUCGUUUAACGAGGGGUAAGGAUGGUGUUGCGUGCGAGUCCCCGGCCCCUAGCUGCUGGGAACCAGCAGAGAUGUAGCGUCGCAUCACUGUGGGAGGACCAGGACUCAGUUUUGAUUAAGGUGGCAAGAAAUCCCUACUGAUGCAGCUAACCAGAUGAAAUCGCUCUUAGGUUGGGUAACAAGCUGAACCUGCUCUGGGUUUCAUGGCCUGUUGUGUGGUUCAUUACACCAUGAAGUGGUGCUGGUGCCUUGGACUGGAUGAAAGAAGAGCUGAAGUUAUUUGGAAAAUUUACACUGUGGGCCAUGCUGGAGGGGCAUCGCAAGUCCCUGCGAACGUCACGUCAGUUCCGAUUAGUUUGAUGAGGUUUAAAACAGAUCCUGACAUAACACAAUUUUUCACAGACCCACAAAUCCCAAAAUUAUUACAUGAAAAUUGGAAAUACGUAAUAUGCAUAAUUUUACAGUGUUUCUCAUGUUAUUAGAAUGUCAGAUCAGCUCCUAAGUGAAAACUGGUGUUGGACAAUUUGGUGCAAGUUGCCAGGACCUGACAGGUUGAUGUCUCUGUGUGACCAUUGGGCCUCCAUGGCCAAAUCUUGGACUCUCAGCUCCCAUCGCCAGCUUAACAAGGAGCAGCUUUCCUCCCAGCAAGGUCUGCUCGAGCUUGAAUGAGCCCCCAGGUGCCCCCAUCCCCCAGCAGGUCUACUUGAUACCCCAGCCCUGCUCUGGACCCAGCACUGCCCCCUUGCUCCUGGGUAGCCCAGGCUGGGGUCUGCUGGGAAGAGCCUUUGGUCCCCAACCAUCAUCAAGCCACCAUCACGCUUCUCAUCAUGCCAUCGCUGGAGGGACAGGAGAUCCGAAAAAUGCAUCCAUGUCUGAGCGUUACAGCCCAGCUAAGUGUCCUGUUGGGGAGGUCACAGCGUGUGGCUGGGCAAGAGUGACCGUACAAAGCACAGUCACGUCUGGGCUCAGUCCUGCAGCUGGACCGUGGAGCAGGGAUGGGGACAGGGCUCCCAGCAUGUCCCCCCUGCACCUGAGAGGCCACCAAUGGUUUACAGAGCCGGGGAGGGGCUGUGGGAGGUGCUGGGCCUGCCUGUGCCUUGGCCCUGCCCUGGCUCUUGCUCCCGUUCUUUCUGCCAUAUAUUCAGAGGUUUAUUUUUUUAUAUUGGCUGCAAUCUCCAGCUCGGGAUGAGCCACCAAGUGGCCCCGCUCCGAGCUGCCCCACAGACACCGACUGCCCCGCGUGGGACGGGACCCCCAGCCUUCCCCGUGCCCUGCGGAGCCACCGGCUCCUGCGCCGCGCUGGGCAGGACGGGGACGCACCAGCCAGGCUGGGUCAGGCCGGGACACGGGCAGCACCGGGGGCUCUGCGGGUGGGUUAUUCUGUUUUCUGAAUUGCACCCCAUGUCCCCGCCGUGUGCCGUGCCAGAGCAGGGGCCUGACAGGAAUUAUUUUCUAUCUGGCCAGAGCGUGGCCUGCCAAAUGAGAGAGUCAGGUUAAUAACACUUUUUUUUUAAACUAUUCAAAUGUCAGCAUUAGAAUACACAGGAAAUUGAAUUUUGUAUUUGAUUUCAAUUAGCAAAGCAUAAAUUAUAUUUAAUUUUAUACACAGUCUGGGUGAUUCAUUGUUCUGGAAAAGCUGGUACUUUAUGGUUCAGAGACUGGAAAUGGAGAGUUAGUGUUUUCUGAAACCAAACUGCUGUGCUGUCACCUCCUCCCAAACACGUCUCUGUUUGUCGGUGUCACUCUGUACCUGAACGAUAUGAAAAUCCUGAACUGAACACUUGAACCCACAGCACUAAAUAAUAAAAUGUUGUAGCAGCUGCA